CCGAUAUCACCUUGGGAUUCUAUACAUAUCCUGUGCAGCCAAAAGUCGAGCAAGGAAAGAUGGGGUCUUGAGGAAUGAAAGAAGAGAAGAACAGAUAUCUUUGCGCCAACGGACGUACACACAAGCGGCAGAGGUUUAGGAAGAACACGCACUUCUACUCUCUGUCUCUCUUAUACACACACAACAGCCCUCCACUCGAUUCUCAUUGUCCUGCUAUUAUUACUACGGCUGCUUAUUGAACUCCUAUCUGGGUAUCGGAGCUCCGGACGUGCCAGCCACAGGAGAGAGAGCCAGAGACAAAGCCACACCAAAAGAUACAUACUCUCCGAGGGAUAUUGGACAUUUGCUCGGCCACUGAGCUGGACUCUCCCCAUUAAGAGCCUCUCGCGAUUUACCAACAUAAUUGCAGGAGAAAGGUUCACCAUAAACCUCAUCAACGCUCCGUCAUGAUGGCAGGCCCAGUACAUAACAGUGCAGUCUAUGUCUUGGGACAGAUGCAACAUGCGCCCGCCUUUCCUCCACCGUCCCCUCCGUCACCUGCCACAGCCAGCGAUGGCCCUGAGCUGGCGCCCGCCUCGGCCACGCACUCUUCCUCCACAUCCCAGCUGUUUGACGACCGGCUAUCAAGCGCCGUCCACGUCCUCAACACCGAGGCGACAUCUCUCAGCUCUCUGACCGAGUUCUACGCAACCGAUCUAGCAGCUCGAGCCGCCUUCAACGCUGCCGUUGAGACUAUCACCUCCCGGUCCCGCGGCAAGCUGGUCAUCAUCGGCGUCGGCAAGAGCGGCCACAUCGCCCGCAAGCUCGUCGCCACCUUCAACUCCCUGUCUAUCUACGCCAGCUUCAUGCACCCCACCGAGGCUCUCCAUGGCGACCUCGGUCAUGUCGGGCCAGAUGAUACCCUCAUGCUCAUCACCUUUUCCGGCAAGACCCCGGAGUUGUCUCUGCUCAUGCCCCACCUGGACGAACGGCUCCCCCUCAUCGUCCUGACUGGACGAACCCUAGACGCCGACGUCGUCAAACAGCGCGAGCGAGAAGCCUCGGGCACCACCAUCCUCCUCCCAGCGCCUAUCCACGAGUCCGAGACCGUCAGCUUCGGCGUCUCGGCCCCCACCACCAGCACAACCAUGGCCCUGGCCGUCGGCGAUGCUCUCGCCCUGACUUGCGCCGGCGAGCUCAACCCUAGCACUGGUGGCGUUGCCGGCGUCUUCGGCCGUAACCACCCGGGCGGCGCCAUCGGAGCCAGCUAUCGCAAGCCUCAGACCGUCAGGGACAUCAUGAUUCCCUAUGCCGACAUCUCCACCCUCGAAAGCGGCGAGACCCCACAAUCCCUCGUGGGCGGCGACGUCCUCCGCGCAGCAUAUACCUCCAAGACAGGCUGGCUGCGUGUCGGUGCCGACGCCAUUGUGUCGCCCACCAGGAUUCGCAGGAUGAACUCGGCAGAGCUGGCGCGCGAGCUGGCCGACAUGCCGUGGCUGACCGUCAGGCGCGCGGCCUUCAUCUCGCUCGGCGCUGCCACCCAGCUGAAGGCCGCGGGCGAGUGGAUGCGCAGCAACAUGGCUAAGCCGCGGGAUCUCGAGGACGACGAGGAGGUUUGCACCCCCGAGUCAAUCGUCGCGGUCCUGGAGGAGGAUGGUGAGGUCGUCGGUGUUAUGGAGGCGUCUGCCAUUCUGGACGUUACCUCUUGA